AUGGCGGCUAGGCAGCCCCGUGGGCAAGUGAGGGAGUUGAAAAGCGUCCUCCGAAUAGGGGCUGCCCGCACCCGGCAUGCUGACCCUGUGGUGGGGAACACCUCGCUGGGGUGGGUCCACGCCCUGGUCCCCAUCCGCACAUUAGAGAAGCAGCAAGAUGAGCUCACUGAAGUCUUGUUGGAUGAAGGUCUUUCAUUUUUCAUCCUGAGUGGUGAAGAAAGGUCUGCUCUGAGCCAGUCUUCUGAACAGAGAUCAGUAAAAGAUAGUUACUCCAAACACUUUUCACUUGAUGAUAAUUUGCAAAAUAUUGCUGAAAGCGAAGAUGAAGAUUUUAUUGAAGAAGUGAUUUUUACAGAUUUACUUGAAGUAAAAGCUGCUGAAUAUGAAGAUAAUAAAAAACAAAUAGAAAAACAGCAGACCAAUAUUUUUGUACCAAGUACUUCUCCAGGUAAUGUUCUUUUCCAAUAA